AUGGCGCGAGCACCCGGCGGCGCCGCCCGCCGGAGGGGCGGCAGGAGGGACGGCGGCGGCGAGGCGGUGCGGAAGGGGCCGUGGAUGGCGGAGGAGGACGCGGUGCUGCUGGAGCACGUGCGCACGCACGGCCCGCGCGACUGGAGCUCCAUUCGAUCCAAAGGCGCCCUGCAGCGCACCGGCAAGUCCUGCCGCCUCCGCUGGGUCAACAAGCUCCGGCCCAACCUCAAGACUGGCUGCAAGUUCUCCGCCGACGAGGAGCGGGUGGUGAUCGAGCUGCAGGCGCAGUUCGGCAACAAGUGGGCGAGGAUUGCCACCUACCUGCCGGGCAGGACGGACAACGACGUCAAGAACUUCUGGAGCACCCGCCAGAAGCGGCUCGCCAGGCUGCUGCGCGCGCCUCUCCGCGCCCGGCCCAGCAAGACCAGGAGCAGCAACACCAAAGCGUCCGCAUCCUCUCUCGAGUCCGCCAUGGGUUCUUGCCAGGAUCAUGUUCCGUCCGUUUGCAACUCUUCCGGCGGCCAAAGCCUCGCGGCUGCACCGCCCAUGGAGUACCAGGACGCCGCGAGAAUCUCGCAUGAUCAGAUGUGCUCUGGAUUCCUAAGUUUCGAGCCGUUGCCGCUGCAGGCAGCAGCACCGGCCACCACUGAAGGCGAAGCGAGCUCGUCGAACGCAGCUUAUUAUCAGUUAGCCCCGGAAUCGUCGUUUUAUCAUCAUCCCUACCAUCUGCUGGAAUUCCCGGGCUUGCCGGAGAGAUGCAGCAUCGAUCCCGGGUUCGUCGGAGCGAGCGCCAUGGAUGAUCUCGCGUACCAGGAGCUGCUUCCGCCUCUGCAUCCCGCGCCGAUGAUGAUGCCGUUCUUCGGCAUGGAGUAUUCGCGUGAUGCCAUCAAGGUCGAGACUCGGGACAACUUCUUCGACGACCUGCCCCCGGACGUGUUCGACUCUUUUGACCAGGUGCCGCCGCCGUUCUCGCCGUCGGCGACCAACUCUGAACUCUAAGUAAGGUUGGAUGGACGACCGUCGUGGCUGUAUUAUUCUUCUGCGUCUAAUUGGACUACCUGUUCUGGCACAGCUGACUAGUAGUAUUACCUAUUGAUGAGUGUUGUAGUUUAGCCUAAGUUGCAACAGACUUGCGUUCUUCCAAUGCUUCGAGUUGGAACUUGUUUUCGAAGUGUUGCCAAGUAAAUGCAGUUAGUAUGGUGUGUAAGUGUUUCUGAAAUUUAGUACA